GCCGCGCUGCUGUCAUCACGGCGCUGUCGUCAUCACAUGGCGACCGCGAUGGCGCUGCGCGCGCACGGGCUGUGGGGGCGGCUGUCGCCGCGCGUCGUGCUGGGCCGGGCGCCCUGCCGCGCGCACGGGCUGAUCCAGACGGACGACGAGCGCCUGUCCCGCACCUUCGUGUCGAUGCUGCAGCGCGAGGCGGGCGGGCGGCCGCUGCUCGAGGGCUGCUCGGCGCACGGCUUCACAAUGGCCGGGGCGCGCCUGGUCGGGCCCUGCAUGCUGCUGCCCGCCACGCUGCUCACCUGGAACGUGGGGUCGCACCGGGACAUCACGUCCGAGAGCCUCCUGCUCUUCCGCCUGCUGAUGCCGCGCAUCCAAAUCCUGGUGCUGGGCACAGGUGACCGGAUGGAGCUGGUGGACCCUGCCGUCCUGAGGGAGAUGCGGCAGCAGGGCAUUGCGGUGGAGGUGCAGGACACGCUCAACGCCUGCGCCACCUUCAACUUCCUGGUGAGUGAGAAUCGACUUGUGGCCGCCGGCCUCAUCCCUCCGCCCUCGGUCGGCAGGACCCUCCCCUUCACCCUGCCCAGCCCUGCCAGACUGCCAGACAGAGCUGCUGCUGGAGCAGGGGAGGGCGCCCCACAAUAAAGUGCGUGCCACAGGCA